AUGGCAGCAGAUAACGGGGUGCAGCAGCAGCAGCAGAAGCAGAAGCAGAAGCAGCACCGGCAGCAGCUGCAGAGGCCCCGCACUUACCUGCAGGGACAGUCGCCCGAACAUGGGCUGCUGGCGAUGCUGAAGCGGAAACACAAACGCAGCGAACCUGAGCUCUCAUGCUCGCCAGACAUAAAGACACAAGAGUCGCAGCGCACUUUGGUAACUGCUGCCUAUUUCAUUGCAAUGGGCAACGCGUUUGAUCCUUCUUUGGGCCUAAGUGAGGCAUAUGACAUAAAGGGCAGCACUGUUAGCAGAACAGCAAAGGAGGGGGACAAGGUCAAGAAAGAUGUUGACUGGCUGCAGUGUGGGCGGAAGCUGCAUCUGCGGGAAGAUGAAGCGCGCAUUCUCUUAGCUGCUCACGAAAGAGACUGCAAGUUUUUGGAGGGUUUGGGGGUUUUCGACUACUCUCUGCUCAUUGGCAUUCACGAAUGCCUGCAGAAAGAGGGCAGCCGUCCCCUCCCCAACGCAGACAUUCCUAGUCGGGGACCUCUGAGGGACUAUACAAUGAAGGCCCACUUGUCCAUGGAAACCACCCAAAGCGAGGGUUUGAUGAAAAGUGCAGAAAACACUUUGCUGCAGGCGCUGCGGCUGCCCACGGCGCAUCCCCACCAGCAGCAGCAGCAGCAGCAGCAGCAAACCGACUACCAGCAGCAGCAGCAGCAGCCGCAGCAGCAGCCGCAGCAGCAGCAGCAGCAGCAGGGGCUGGCUCGCUGCGAGUCUGUUGAGGGGCCCCAAAAAGGGACCAAGGGGGCCUUCCUUGCUUCUUCUCCUGUUUCAGGAGGAGACUCUCCCUCCCCGGCUUCAUCGGGAGCAGCAGCAGCAGCAGCAGCAGCUACUGCAGCAACGGCAGCAGGAGGGGGCGGGGCGCACGAGGGCCGGCAGUCUGCGGAGAAUUUGCUGCUGCUGCAGCAGCAGCAGCAGCUGAAGCCCCUCAAAAGCUGCGAACUUUUGCCCUGCAACGACGGGCAGCUGCAGCAAGAGAGCAGCAGCAGAAGAAGCCCCAAGGGGCCCCCCUUGGGGGCCCCAAGCGAGCAGCAGCAAAGUGUGAGGCCCAGCAGCAGCCCAGACGAAUUUACCUUCAAGGGCGGCGCCCGUAAACACAUUAGGAAGCAGCAGCAGCAGCAGCACCAGCACCAGCAGCAAGGCGCUGCUAUGCAGGAGGCAGAAGUCAAGCGCCUGUUCCAAGGGUCCCCAGAGACAGCAAGUGCUGUUGGAGAUCCAGCAGCAGCAGCAGCAGCAGAUGCUGCAGCAGAUGCUGCAGCCGAUGCAGCAGCAGACGCUGCAGGGGCAGCAGAUGCUGCAGCAGCAGCAGCAAGCAAUGCAGCAAAUGCAGCAACGGGGGCUGACGGGUUCCCCGUCUGCCGGGCAGCUUCUUUUGAAGGGCCGCUCACGCAGCACCAGCGGCGCCAGCAGCAGCAGCAGCAGCAACAGCAGCAGCAGCAGCAAGCUGCGGGCGUUUGUUGCUUGGUGCUGCCGAGAGGCGACUCUGUGCCGCAGCAGGCGACGAAGCUCCGCAGCAGCAGCAGCAGCAGCAGCAGCAGCUGCAGCAACGCGUGGGAUCUUGCGGGGGUCCGUCGCACAAGCUUUGGACCUCGAGAUUUCAGCACGCCGUACCUGGGGGCCCCCGCGCUGGACGGGGGUUUUGGCUUGAAGGCAAUGAGUGAAAGCCGCAACGAAAUUUAUUUUUUUGGAUUAAUUGACUUUUUGUCUCCUUACAGUGCGAGUUUGGGGAGAUUUCCCCAGUGCCCCCGCGUUCUUACGCGCGGCGGCAAAUAG